GGGAGGGUGUGCGAGCGAGUGAGACACAAGAAAAGGGAGCGCGCCCGCCGCCGCCCUCCUCGGAAGAGAGAGGCUGGAGUGAGGCUGUGCGAAGCGCCGCAUUUCAAUGAGGACCGGCCAAGGCACAUCCCCGCACUAGUGGCCGCAGCCGCGACGCCCGUGCUCCCGCAGCUGCUGCCGCCCAGCCCGCACCGACCCCCAGCCCCGCAGCUCCGCAGCCCCGGCCGCGCCCAGCAGGGCAAGGACAGCUCUAGGAGGCAGCCCCAAGCACGGCCACAAAGACCCCCGGCGGCGACUCUCCUCGGACCGGUUCCCCUAGCAGUCCAUCAUGUCCUUCGGCAGAGACAUGGAACUGGAGCACUUCGAUGAGAGGGACAAGGCGCAGAGGUACAGCAGAGGGUCGCGGGUGAACGGCCUGCCGAGCCCCACGCACAGCGCCCACUGCAGCUUCUACCGCACCCGCACGCUGCAGACCCUCAGCUCCGAGAAGAAGGCCAAGAAAGUUCGUUUCUAUCGAAAUGGAGAUCGAUACUUCAAAGGGAUUGUGUAUGCCAUCUCCCCAGACCGCUUCCGAUCUUUUGAGGCCCUCCUGGCUGAUUUGACCCGAACUCUGUCGGAUAACGUGAAUUUGCCCCAGGGAGUGAGAACAAUCUACACCAUUGAUGGGCUCAAGAAGAUUUCCAGCCUGGACCAACUGGUGGAAGGAGAGAGUUACGUGUGCGGCUCAAUAGAGCCCUUCAAGAAACUGGAGUAUACCAAGAACGUGAACCCCAACUGGUCAGUGAAUGUCAAGACCACCUCGGCUUCCCGGGCCGUGUCUUCAUUGGCCACUGCUAAAGGCAGCCCUUCGGAGGUGCGGGAGAAUAAGGAUUUCAUUCGGCCUAAGCUGGUCACCAUCAUCAGAAGUGGAGUGAAGCCGCGGAAAGCAGUCAGGAUUCUGCUGAACAAGAAAACAGCUCAUUCCUUUGAGCAGGUCCUCACUGACAUAACGGACGCCAUCAAGCUGGACUCGGGAGUGGUGAAACGCCUGUACACCUUGGAUGGCAAACAGGUGAUGUGCCUUCAGGACUUUUUUGGUGACGAUGACAUUUUUAUUGCAUGUGGACCGGAGAAGUUCCGUUACCAGGAUGAUUUCUUGCUAGAUGAAAGUGAAUGUCGUGUGGUGAAGUCCACUUCUUACACCAAAAUAGCUUCAUCAUCCCGCCGGAGCACCACCAAGAGCCCAGGACCCUCCCGGCGCAGCAAAUCCCCUGCCUCCACCAGCUCAGUUAAUGGAACCCCUGGUAGUCAGCUCUCCACUCCCCGCUCCGGCAAGUCGCCAAGCCCAUCACCCACCAGUCCAGGAAGCCUGCGGAAGCAGAGGGACCUGUACCGCCCCCUCUCAUCGGAUGAUUUGGACUCAGUAGGAGACUCAGUGUAAAAGACACAAUGGAGCAAUGUAUAUGGUUUGUGAUUGGGUGAAGGUUCACGUUUCCUAAGCAAACGUCUAACAGCAAAAUGCACAAAAGAGUUUUGCAUACUUUAAAAUAGUAAAGACCAAAUCAUACAAAAUACAAUAUGUAGGCAUUUUGUAUUCAUGAUAUUUGUCCUUGAAGGAAAGAUUUUUUUUUUUAAAUAUCUCCUCCCUUUGAUUCGAUUACAGGGAGUUUGAACACAAUAUUGCUCAAUUGCUGAGAUUUCUGUGUGAGACCUGGCUGUAGAAAACUUUCAUAUAUGGAUCCAAUAUUGAGUACAGGAACAUGCUAACAAUGGAGCAUUGUAGAAGCAUCAUUUCCAUAGAUGGGGUUCUCUUUUUAAUUGUAAGAAAACAUACCAUACAAUUUUUCUGUACUUGUUGUAAAGCAGCACAAAAAUGGCACUAGCAAACAUUUUUUUCUUAAAGUUGUAUUCUUUGUAAAAUUUGGAUAACUAUUUUUUGAGCUACUUUUAUUAUAAAAUAAUGAAAAUAUUAAAUUAGACUUUUUUCUUUCUGGAUAGAAAAAACUUCUUAUGAUUUUGUGGGUUAAUAUAGUUAAGGGGAAAAAACAUGUCAAGGACACAUCUCUUGAAGAUUACCAUUGAACAUUAGAAACUUGUUUUUGUCAAAUUUCAUUUUUUAAAAUUGUCAUUUUUUGGAAACAACAUAAAUAGAGUUUAAUCUAUAUAAAAAUAUGAGGAACUUAUUCAAUGGUACUGCUAUAAAUGAUAUAAUUCUUCCCUACAACCGUAUAUAUGAUUUUCAAAUGUGUAAAGCCUGCAGCUUGGAUUUUUAUCUUUUAACACACAGAGCUUAAAAGAAAUGCCAAGACUUCUAAAAACAAAUUAAUUUUGAGAAUCCAAAUUCCCUGAAAUGGUGCUAUAUAAAUUAGGCCAAAAUUAUCUAAUUGUUCAUUUUGAUAAAUCCUGAAUUUUGCUAUUGUUUUGGAAAUGUUCAUAUGCAAAACUCCUUUUGUGUUAAAUCAAGUAAGUCUGAUUAUAACCCAUUGUCAAACAUUAACCUACUAAUUCUGCUCUCAGUCUUCUAUUUUAAAAAUUAUAGUCAGCUUUGCUUAAACAUAAAACAAUUAUUUUUAAACCUGAAUGUUAGAAAUUAAUUUAAUGUGUAUGGUCUAUUGUGUGUAAGUCAUAUCCUGUGAUCAUUUACUUCUACUAGUUCAAACACUAACAAUUUAAGACUUAUAAAGCAUGGUUUGAUAUUCUCCAGGCUUGACAUAUCUCAGUAGGUGAUAAAUUUAAAAUGUAUUAUGCCAUUUGGAGGAUUUUAUUUGAAUUUUUUUUCAAAUUAUACUUCAAAACAAUUUGAAAACAUUUGAUUCAAGAUGGAGAGAAAUUCAGUUGUCAUACAGUGUUUUAAAUGUUAUUGAUUUAUCUCUUUGGUAAAUUGUUCAACUAGCAAAUUUUACCAUCUGGUUUAUAGUUACCUAUGUUACCAUCUCACUUUACAAGUGAAUUAAAUAUUCCAACCAAAAGAAGAAAAAAAAAAAAGUCCAGGCAAUCUAACAGCAUUUGAAAACUUAGCCCUAUAAUAAUUAGUGCCUCAUUAUCCUGUCUGUUGGAGAGAAAGACACUUCUCUGGCAGGUUAUUCGAGAACUGCAAACUGAACCAUUCCAUCUUGAAAGAACAGUUCAUAAUAAUACCUGUUCCAGACCUCAGGUUUUAAAACUGUUUCCAAUAGAAAUGAACAGAGACUCCUGCUGAGAUCAAAAGACUGCUUUGUCUUAGCUGAAACAGUAAACAUCUGUGAGGCUGCCUCUGCUGGUGUCUGUUUUAGUUAUGUCUUUGUAAAAUGCAUUACUUAAUACAGUUGAGUCCAUAAAAGAUUAGUAUGUAUUUAACUAAACUGUCAAAAAUGCAGAGAAAGCAGUGGAACAGUUAACUUAAAUCUGGUGGGGUCAGAUGGUGCAGAACAAAAAUAAAUUCCAGUAAUUUCAACUUCCCUGCACUGUCAAUCUUAUGGACAACUACUGCUUAGAGAGGUCCAAUAAAUGCUAUUUGUUCUGUAUAAGUGGCAGAUAUUGCCAAUUGAUAUAAAGCCCACGGCUUUGUUUAGACACGGCAAAAAGAAACUGGACUUAUACUAAUUGCCGAUAGAUAUCAUGGCCAACUUUCCAUUCAAGCCGUUCCAAGGGAAAUGCUAUUCCACAGCAUUUAAUCUUUUGAACAUAUGACUUUUAUUAAAGGACUGUUCAGGGGCAAUAUAUAUCAUUUACUUUUUGAAACUAAAGUCCCUCCGAGAUUGAAAUAGCACACCACUUAUAGACUUUGAGAUCUUUCUCUAUGCAGUGCAUAAUUCUAUUACACAAAAGCAGAAAUAGAAAAUCCUUAGCAACAAACCAUAAGUUUUCAGUUCAUUGCUGGAACCAAAUUGGUGAUUUAUAGGCACUUAAGAUUUGCUUACUUACAGAAUUCUUUUGCAAAAUUAGACACUGAAUUUUAAAAUUGAUCUACUGAGCAGGAGAGCACUCCAGCAAAAGCCAUGCAUUUUUUUUUCCUUACGGUAAUCCUUAAAAGUGCUUUGAAGAUCUUGUGCUAUAGUGGAAAGCUUGAAACUUUCUCAUUUGCACUCACUUUUUAUUUCUUAGAUAUAGAUAUUGUAGAAAAAUGUAUUAGAAACAUUUCCCUGCUUUCAGCAUUUUAGAAGUGUAAAACCUAGUAAUAUAAAAAAUGUGGAGUUCAGUGCAAACUCAAAAGACUACAGGUGUGAAAGCCAUGUGGGAUAUUCUUCUUUGUUUUGCCUCAUCAACUAAAUGGGGGAAAUUUAAAGUGUUUCUGUACUGCCAUAGACUUUUAAGAAGAUUCAGGUUCACCCAACUGUGUACAUCCCUGCAUAAAUAUAUUAGCUCAUCUAAAUAUUUCAAAACCAAGUAACAUUUUCUAAAACAUUUGUACCAGCAUUAAUGUACCAUACAGAGUCCCUGAGUUAAUCAACAGGGAUAUUCCAGUGGCAUCUCUUGAAGAUCUAUACAUGAUGGGCUUUUUCUUUUUUUCAAAUUAAAAACAAAAGUAUAAAAGCCAUAUCUCUAAAUAAAAGUGAAUGAGAAUGGAGAAGAAUAUUCCUAAAAAAAUGAAUCCACAUAUUUUGCCUAUUGGAUUAUUAAAUUUUUCAUAGUGGCCAUAUAUCUAUACAGGUGUGUGGGUGUUUUGUGAAUUUGCAGGGCUCAGUGUGUCCGUGGGUGUGCCUAUGUAAGUAUUCAUGUAUGUGUAUAGACCAUAAAUAGCAAAGUAUGGUAUUUGUGACACAGUCUUAUAAGUUACUGGCUCUUAUAGAAUCAUACGUAAACCUUUAUAUCAUAAAGUGCUACACUGUGACAUAUCAUUUGGAACACAUUUAAGUUCAAAAACUCUUUGUCAAACUCAUAUGACAAAAUGUUUCUUAAUAUUCAGAUGUACUGAUUUAUCCAAAAAAAAUGAAAUCUGGAUAAACAAAAAUUGAAAUCUAGACAAAUCCAAUAUUGUGUCAACUAUUAAAUAACACAUUAAUAUUUAUAUUUUAAUGUCUUGGUGUUUGAUUCCUUAAAAUGAUUGAAUACUGUAACUGAUGUUUUCCUAUUUUGUGUGUGUAUUGAUGACUGUAGUGAUUGUCAAUCAAUAUUCACUAAAAAAAAAUAUUGGUUUGUAGAGUUGUAAGGAGAAGAAUAUUAUGUUAAAACAAAUAGAAGAGACUCCAAAGUGUGUUUGAUUUGAAGUAAGCUUAAUAACAAAGCCAGAUAACCUGUAAGGCAAUUCUGUAUGUUCUUUUAAGUCAUUAUUCUAAACUGUUGACAUAUUUUGAAUAUACCUGCUCUAUGUGUGUAUAUAUUCACAUAAAUAUAUACACACUUGAAAAUGCUAAUUGGUUGAAUUUACUGUGUGUACAUUUGCUCAUUUAUGCAUAUUUUUGUUAGCCUUGCUAGCCCCUCUAAUUGUGCAUGUUAGUGACAACUGUAUUUGAUUGAGAUAUCCUACAAUGGUAUAGUGUGAAAAUUUGAGACAUAUUGAAUUGAGUAUACCAAUUGCCUGAUACAGUUUGCUCUGCUGUCAGCUGAAAAAUAUUUGUAAUUUUGUGCCUGUAAUGCAUGUGGAAAAAAUAGGAAGUCAGAGGCCCUUACAGUAAUUUUUAAGGGUGCAUGAUAUAUGUGUCUUUAAAAUGUGGUUCAUUUUAGUAAAGAGGAUGGAUAAAUUCCAAGAUAGUAUAAAUGAUGCAUGUAAUACAUGGGUGUUUGUAUUAUAUAUGGCCACAAAAUGUUUUUGAAGCCAGGGUAGUAUCAGAAGGUUUAUAGGCAAAAAACUAUGAAAGUUAAUUUUCUUUUGAUGUGUGUUUUAAGGAGUUUAUACUCAUCCAUAAGCAAGGAAUUGAGUUUAUUUUUUUCUAAGGAUUCUUUACUUUGAAAUACACUAUGAAUGUUACAAAUUUGGGUAAGCUUUUUAUAAAGAGGUGACAUACUUUCUGCUUACAAUUUGAGUUGCUUGGAUGUGUAUUCUCCUCUUAGAAAAAAGAGCAUUUGGUGUUAAAAACAUUUUUGAACAGCAAUAUAUUUUAAUCCAUCUCAUCAGGCCAUCAGCGGAGUUUUGUAGAACCAAGAAUUAAUGAAAUGUUUCAUUGAACUACCCAGUUUUGAACGUUCCAUCACUUUGUGCUGUGGUUUCAUUGUAAAUGUUGUACCUUGUAUUUCACAACAGACCAUGUUAUUCCUCUUGAAGUUAACUUUGUGACACUUACCAUCUUAGAAUAACUAUAUAAUAAACAGGAAAA